AGCAGUAAGCAGACAUUUGAUUUUGGAUGCCAGUCACUAUGUGGAAAAAACACUCCAUCUUUUACCUUUUGGUUUUGGCCAUUGUAACAAACAAUGUAGUGUAUGGACAGAACAGAAGGAAGGGACAAAAGCUAAGUUCUCUAGCAGGAAAAGACAAUCUUCCGGAUUCUGUCUGCUUUAUUGACAUCAUCUUUGUCCUGGACAGUUCUGAAAGUGCAAAGGAUGUACUAUUUGAUAAGCAGAAAGAGUUUGCUAUCCUCUUAAGUGAUAAAGUCUUCCUCAUGAAGCCCACCCGUGUCCGCAGGUAUGACAUCAGACUGGCCAUCAUGCAGUUCAGUAGUUCCGUCAGAAUUGAGCAUCGUUUUUCAGAAUGGAGAAACUUGCAGGUCUUUCAGCAAAAAGUCAGAGAAGUGGGCUACAUCGGGCAUGGCACCUAUUCCUACUAUGCUAUUUCUAAUGCAACUCAGCUGCUCAGAACAGAAGGCCGUAAGAUAGGCGUCAAAGUGGCUCUGCUGAUGACUGAUGGUGUUGACCAUCCCAAAAAUCCCAACGUUCAGGACAUAUCAGAAAAGGCCAGAACUCUGGGAAUAUCUUUCAUUACCAUUGGCUUGUCUAACGAUGUCAAUAAAGCCAAACUGCGUUUGAUAUCUGGUGAUUCCCCAGGGAAGCCUGUGCCCAUUUUGAAUGAGCCCAGCCUUUCAGAUAAAAUACGGAACCAGUUGGCCACUUUAUUUGAAGAGAGGUGUGGAAAGAGCUGUGAAUGUCAGAAAGGAGACCAAGGACCUCCAGGACCACCUGGUGGCCAUGGAGGAAGAGGGGACAAAGGUGAACAAGGACCUAAGGGACAAAAGGGCGAGGCUGAGAAGGGAGAACCUGGUGAAAAAGGUUCAGAGGGAAGCCCUGGGUAUAAGGGAGAAAAGGGUGACAGAGGAGAAUGUGGGACACCAGGGCUAAAAGGAGACAGAGGUCUAGAUGGCCCUCUUGGCCCCAAAGGACCGAGAGGCCCUCAGGGAGUUGGUGGCCUGCCAGGUGAACCUGGCCCAAAAGGCAUUCAAGGAAACAAGGGAGAGCCAGGACCAGCCGGUCCUUAUGGUCCUGCAGGAAUCCCCGGAAUCGGAUAUCCAGGCCCUAAGGGUGAUAGAGGUCAGGAAGGAAGAAUUGGGCUUCCAGGACCAAUUGGGAUUGGCGAGCCAGGCUUAACAGGGCCACGUGGUCCUGAGGGCAUGCAGGGUGAAAGAGGUCCACCUGGCGAAGGACUCCCAGGACGGAAGGGAGACAAAGGUUCUGAAGGACCAGCUGGACCGUUUGGAGCCCCAGGCCUAUCCAUCAAAGGAGAUAAGGGUGAACGAGGGAUGGAAGGACUGCAGGGCCUGAUGGGACCACCUGGAAUUGGCGUCCAAGGAAGUCAGGGUAUUCAAGGGCUAAAGGGUGUGCCUGGUGUGAAAGGGUCACGAGGAAUAGGACUGCCUGGGCCAAAGGGAGAAGUGGGUCCAUCUGGAGAAAAAGGAGAUAUAGGAGCACCAGGAAGUGGACAACCUGGACCUAAAGGAGACCCAGGAAGACCAGGAUUUCCAGGAGAAAGUGGGAAACCAGGAAUAAUAGGGUUAUCAGGGAAAAAGGGAGAACAAGGACCACCUGGUCCAAGAGGCCCAGAGGGAAUGCCGGGGAAAGGGGACAUGGGUCCAAAGGGUGAAGAAGGUCAGAAAGGUGCUCAAGGAUUAGAAGGCCCAAGAGGUGUUGCAGGCCCUCCAGGACCAAAGGGUGAACCUGGAAUCAAAGGUGACAUUGGUCCUCCUGGCCCUUCAGUACGUGGGCUACCUGGCCCCAAGGGUGAACAAGGAUACCCAGGCCCACCUGGAAGUGAUGGAAGCCCUGGACAUACAAUUUUGGGACCUAAGGGUGCUCCAGGUGUUAUUGGACCUCCUGGACCACCAGGGGCCAAGGGGGAUGGCUUUCCUGGUUCACCAGGACCUCUAGGAAUGCCAGGCUUUCCAGGACCAAGAGGCCUUAAAGGAGCUGGUGAUCCAGGUCAAAAGGGAGAACAAGGAGCACGAGGACCACCAGGCCCUCCUGGGCAAAGAGGAGUAGGAAUACCUGGGCCAAAGGGUGUUAUGGGACAAAAGGGUUUUCCAGGCCCACCAGGUGCACCAGGAGAUAGCAUACAAGGAAAUAAGGGAGAGCAAGGAGUUCAAGGUUCACAGGGACCAAAGGGCUCCAUAGGAAUUGGACUACCUGGUCUGAAGGGUGACUAUGGAGAGAAGGGAGAUCAGGGAAAGAGAGGUAACAAAGGAGAAAUUGGAGAACCCGGCCCUCAGGGACCAAGGGGAUUUUCAGGACCAAAGGGCGAACCUGGUCUUACUAAAGAAGAAAUAAUCAAACUCAUUAUGGAGAUAUGUGGCUGUGGUGUUAAGUGCAAAGAAAAUCCUUUGGAGCUUGUGUUUGUGAUUGACAGUUCUGAAAGCGUUGGGCCUGAAAACUUUGAAAGGAUCAAACAGUUUGUAAAAACCACGAUUGAUGCUGUCACAGUCAACCAAGCCACAGCCCGCAUUGGCAUCAUCAACUUUAGCCUCAAAGUGGAUGUGGUGUCCACGCUGCAGCAAUUCCCUACCAAAGACAGUCUGAAAGGCGCUGUGGAUGCAAUGCAAUAUCAUGGGGAAGGCACAUAUACUGCUACAGCUAUAAGCAAAGCCAUUGAUAUAUUCCAGAUGGCUCGACAAGGAGUUAGAAAGGUGGCGGUUGUAAUAACAGAUGGGCAAGCAGAUCAACGUGACCCACAUGCAUUGAAAACUGUGGUGAGAGAUGCCCAUGCCCUCAACAUAGAAAUAUUUGUAAUUGGAGUGGUACAGAAGACCGAUCCCAAUUUUGAAAACUUUCGAAAAGAAAUGGAUCUAAUUGCUACUGACCCAGACAGUGAGCAUGUCUACCAGAUAGAUGACUUCAUGACUCUGCAAGCUCUUGAGGAUAAAAUCUUCAAACAAAUUUGUGAAGAUGAUUUCAGUUCCUACAUCACCAAAGUGCUCAGUUCAGCUUUUUCUCCAGGACUUGAAACCGGCGAAGAUGGCAGUCAGGUAGCCAGAACGGAUCCUCCUGGUCCAUAUGUCCCCCCACUUGAGCCAGAGACUAUUGACUCUUUCUCAAGGAGACCCAGUGAGAAAGGAGCAUUGUAUUUGGAUCGGGAUCACAAUGUUACCUCAACCUCUUCUAAGCAUAUCCCUGAGCAUCAUAGGUGGCCAGUCAACCGACAAGAUUAUUUGGAAUCUAGCACUCAGCAUCCGGAUCUAGCAGUUGUGUCUAAUGUAACUAGACAUGUGCGACCUACGCCAGCCGUUGUACAGCUUCCUAGAGUAAUACAUGCUAUGAAAGAAGCACAGCAAAAACAAAAAAAAUAUUAUGUUCUGUUUUCAGAAGCUAGGUGUUUAGAACCAAUGAAAACUGGAAGCUGCCAAAAUUACCAAGUGAAAUGGUAUUAUGCCAAGGAUACAAAUUCUUGCGCCCGAUUUUGGUAUGGAGGUUGUGAAGGCAACCAGAAUAGGUUUGAGACCCAACAGGAGUGCCAGGCAAUUUGUGUUCAAGCAUAAAGAAAUCUCAGGAUUUUAGAAGAAAAUGAAGCCAAAGUUUUCAUAAUCAUACUAAAAGAAUUUCAAAUGCUGUAUUAAUAGUACUUCUGUAAUAUACUUGGUGCUUUUAUGAUAGAGUUGAUAAAGCAUUGUAUCUUUAUAGAUGAUAGUUUUACUUGAUAAUAAGCAGUUUACACAUAUGCUUAUUGUUCAAUAUUUCAGGAUUUUUAAUAAGCCAGAUAUCAAGGAUUGUUAACAGCCUUAACAGAACAUGGCUUUUUUAUUAUGUGGAAAUGAAAGUAUUCUGUAUCACAAUCUAGACCACCAUCAGAAACUGCAACAGCAAUAAAUGGAAAAUUGUAUCAUAGUUGGAAACUUUCAAAAUAGAACCUCUCUCUAUAGAUACAGCUAAAUAGGUGGACUUUUCCCACAUCAAGGCAUACCUAAUCUUACAGCUAAGGAUAAUGAAAAUCUGGUUGUUAUCUCCCCUUUUGUAAUUUAUCUUCAGGAGCCAAGAUUCAGCUAUAACUGUAGGCAACAAGCCACAGAGAAUAACUGAUGGCUCUCCACACAUGUCCUGUUCGUAUGAAGGCACCAUCCUGCCGAUUCAGUAAUACAUUUAGAUGAACAUCAAGUGUGGUUUCUUACCCAAAAAUCUUUUGAGUAAAUCAGCAGCAGUAUUUUUAAAGUUAUUUUUGUUAAAGCUUACUCCAUAUACUCUUGUUUCUCAGGGGUCUUAUACAAAAGAACAAAAUAAAUUCAUAGCAAAUGUCAAAAUCAAUUAUAGAAGAAUUGGGGAAAGCACUGAAAGAUGUACAUAAGUAUAUUUUUUCAUACUGUAUUUUUCUUUUGAACUUUACCUCUGCACCAAAAGUACUGUAUAUGCUAAAACUGAUGAGUGAUAAUUAAAUUGAUCAUAUGAACAA